GAAGUGCGGAGAAAUUGAUGCGCUUUUUUCAGCUGAGUUGGUUCAUGUCAAAAGCUGGUGAUUUAUUGUUCUUAUUGUUUGUACAACUUGAGAUAAAUUGCUCCCAAAGUACGGAGUAAUAAUCUGCCAAAGGAGAUACGUCACAUCUUUGAAAAUGCCCCGGAGAAAGAGGACCGCAGGCAGCAGCUCGGACGGGACUGAGGACUCGGAUUUUUCCGCCGAUCUCGAGCACACCGAAGUUUCCGACAGCGCGCACAGACGCAGCAGCACGCGCCUGACUCGCGCAUCUCUGCGCCUCAGUCAGAGCUCCCAAGAUAACUGCAGCUCAGUACGGAGCAGUUCUCCUGCGGCCGUGGGUUCUGAUGAAGGCCUGAAUUCAGGAGGAGAGGCGGCAGCAGCAACGGCAGUGGCAGCGUCCGUCUUCUCCUCCGGGCGCAGGGUCACACGCAGCCAACAGGGGUCGACAAACACCACAGCCAAAAGAUACCCACUGCGUCAGAGUCGGUCGUCUGGCUCAGACACUGAGGCUAAUGCAGACCUAAAGCAGGGGGCGGACAGGGAUGAGACCCCUCCUCGCACCCCAACAGGCAACGCUCCAUCCUCAGAGUCAGACCUUGAGGUUUCCAGCCCAAGCAACGACCUUGUGUCUUCUAGCAACGAUAUUGUAGUUUCACAAGAGGAGGACGAGAGAUUGGCUAAAGAGCUGUCACUCAAAGAGGCCGCCGCCCACGACCUUUCCCACCGGCCCAAACGACGGCGCUUCCACGAGAGCUACAACUUCAACAUGAAGUGUCCCACACCUGGCUGCAACUCACUGGGUCAUCUAACAGGGAGGCAUGAGAGACAUUUCUCCAUAUCUGGAUGUCCUCUCUACCACAACCUCUCUGCUGAUGAAUGCAAGGGCAAGGCAUCAACGCGCGACAAACAGGCCGAGGAAAGGACGCUAUCACACCGUCAGGACGAGAACAGACAUUCCACAAGAAACCAGGCCCCAUCAGAUCGUCAGCUGCGCUACAAGGAGAAGGUGACGGAGCUGCGGAGGAAGAGGAACUCUGGCCUCAAUAAGGAGCAGAAGGAUACGUACAUGGAGCACCGUCAAAGCCAUGGGCCAAGCCGGGAACCGCUGCUGGAGAACAUCACCAGCGACUACGACCUCGAGCUGUUCAGGAAAGCGCAGGCACGUGCCUCGGACGAUCUUGAGAAGCUCCGUCUGGCCGGUCAGGUGUCCGAGGGGAGCAACAUGAUAAAGACCAUCGUGUUUGGACGCUAUGAGCUGGACACCUGGUACCACUCUCCAUAUCCAGAGGAGUACGCCCGCCUGGGGAGGCUCUACAUGUGCGAGUUCUGCCUUAAGUACAUGAAGAGCCAGACCAUUCUGCGCAGGCACAUGGCUAAGUGUGUGUGGAAGCAUCCUCCAGGUGAUGAGAUCUACAGGAAGGGGAACAUCUCUGUGUUUGAGGUGGACGGAAAGAAGAACAAGAUUUACUGUCAGAACUUGUGUUUGCUGGCGAAACUCUUCCUGGACCACAAGACUCUGUACUACGACGUCGAGCCUUUCCUCUUCUACGUCAUGACUGAAGCUGACAACACAGGGUGCCACCUAGUCGGAUACUUCUCUAAGGAGAAGAACUCUUUCCUGAACUACAACGUAUCCUGCAUCCUCACUAUGCCACAGUACAUGAGGCAGGGCUAUGGCAAGAUGCUCAUAGACUUCAGUUACCUGUUGUCAAAGGUGGAGGAGAAGGUGGGUUCACCUGAGCGUCCUCUGUCCGACCUGGGCCUUAUCAGCUACCGGAGUUACUGGAAGGAGGUGCUGCUGCGCUACCUGAACAAUUUCCAGGGCAAGGAGAUCUCCAUUAAAGAGAUCAGUCAGGAGACGGCAGUGAACCCAGUGGAUAUUGUUAGCACACUGCAGUCUCUCCAGAUGCUCAAAUACUGGAAGGGAAAACACCUGGUUUUAAAGAGACAGGACCUUAUUGACGACUGGAAGGCCAAGGAGACAAAACGUGGUAAUGGCAAGACCAUUGAUCCCACAGCCUUAAAAUGGACACCGCCUAAAGGGACGUAGAGGAGCUUCCUUUCACACGACACACACAAACACAGACAGAUUUUCCUCUGUACACUGGCAUGCUCACAGACCCUGAGCCUAAACCCUCACACAUACUCUUUUUAACGUAUAAAACGCUUUCAGUCAGCUACAGCAGAGUCAUCCACUUACAGAGUCAGUUACUCUGGGUUCAAGCAGUCACUGUCAUGGCUCGGAAAAUGACUUCAGUCCAGUAAAGAAAAACAAUAAUAAUAAUAAUAAUAAUAAAUAAUAUAACAAUAAAACUGAAAAAAUCCUAUAUUAAAUUUGUUAAACUGAUGUGUGUGGUCAGUUUUUAAGAUCUGGCUGUGUUAAAUUUAACCAAGCUGUAGUUUUCAUUAGCGAGAGCUUCCUAAUGAAGUGUACACUUUACAUGCAAGAAAAAAACAUGAAAAGUGAUGGUUAAUUUAAUUGUAACUUAAGAGUUAAGGUUUAUAUGUAUUUCAAGCAAUAAGCUAUGUAUUUGAGUUAAAACUAGACUCUGCAGCCUAGUGUUUAUAUUCAAGUCUCAUAUGUAGACAACUGUAAGCCACUGGCACUUAAAUUAAGGCAAUAUAUUACAUGGCUUUUGCAGAUUUUAUUAAUUAGCUUUUUUUUAAUCCAUGUUAUGAUCUUCUUUUCAAUAACACAUGUUCAGUAGAAAGAAAACUUCCAAGAUUUCCUGUUGCCUUGUCACUGCUGUUUUUCAAACUUUUGUUUCAACACUGUUUAUUAAAUAUGACUGGUGCAUUUGAAAGUGCAACCACUGGUGCUCUAAAAUGACAAGCCAAUAAGUACGGAGCCCCAAAAUGUUUAAUAUA